AUGCUUAAAAUCAACGUGACCAAAGUGAUAGAAUUCACACUUUGGGGAUUUCAGGACAUCGAGAUUUUUAGCCCUGCGCUGUUUGUUCCAUUCCUUUUGAUCUACAUCUUGACAUUGUUCGGGAACCUGCUGAUCAUUGCGUUGGUGCUGAAGGUUCAAACUCUGAAGUCCCCCAUGUAUUUCUUCCUCACUCAGUUAUCGUUGUGUGAUAUCCUGCUCACAACAAAUACGGUUCCUAAUAUGCUCCAUGUUCUACUCAAAAGAGGAAGCAAGAUAUCUAUUGCUGGCUGCCUCACACAGUAUUUCUUCUAUAGUGUUUCAGCUUCUGCUGAGAGUCUUCUUCUCACAGUGAUGUCCUAUGACCGGUAUUUAGCCAUCUGCCGGCCACUCCAUUACACAUCAGUCAUGGAUCUAAGGCUUCAGUCUCAUCUAGUUUUUUGGUCUUGGCUUCUACCCUUUAUGGUAGGAGUACUCACUGUUUUGCAAAUACUUAACCUACAGUUCUGUGGCCCCCAUAUAAUUGACCAUUACUUCUGUGAUAUAGCCCCUAUCCUGGAGCUCUCUUGUUCUGAUCAUAACAACAUUGAUCUCACAUACUUUAUCCUAGCUAUAAUGUUUGCUCUUAUCCCAUUUGGCUUCAUAGUGUGCACGUAUGUGUUCAUUUUUAGCGCCAUCUUUGGAAUUUCAUCCAGUAGCGGGAAAGAGAAAGCCUUCUCCACCUGCAGCUCUCACUUGAUCGUGGUGUGUACGUACUACGGGACUCUUAUUACAAUUUACAUGGUCCCCACCAAGGGACACUCAUUUAAUGUCAAUAAAGUUAUCUCUCUCCUAUAUACUUUAGCAACUCCUUUUUGUAACCCAAUUAUAUACAGCCUCAGGAACAAACAGAUUAAAAAAUCUUUGAUGAAAGGCUUCCUGGAUGUUGCCGGGUGA